CCUUAAAGGGAACGCAGCCCGCCUAGCAGCUCGCGGGGUAGCCCCCGCUCUGGCUCCGCCCCGUUUCCCGCACCUCGCCCCUCCCCCUCCCCGCUCCGUCCCGCAGCCCCGCGACCGCGCAGCAGAGUUGCACUGACCCGGUCCAUCUAGGGUUGUGCGGUGCGGGGUGGGUGGAGUUGGACAUCACAGUGGCUGCAGCAUCCCUGCGGUCUGGGACCCCUCCAUAGGGGAGCGGAGGACCCGCCCUGACCUGGCCUGGCCCAGCCUUGCCCAGCCUGGCCCAAGCGCCCCGCCCUGGAGGGGGCUCUGAGCAGCGUGCGGCCAUCAUGGACAAGAUCCUGGAGGCCGUGGUGACUUCGUCUUACCCUGCGAGUGUGAAGCAAGGGCUGGUGCGGCGCGUGCUGGAGGCUGCGCGGCAGCCCUUGGAGAGAGAGCAGUGCCUGGCGCUGCUGGCCCUUGGCGCGCGCCUCUACGUGGGUGGCGCGGACGAGUUGCCGCGCCGCGUGGGCUGCCAGCUGCUGCACGUGGCGGGUCGCCACCAUCCCGAAGUCUUCGCUGAGUUCUUCAGUGCGCGCCGAGUGCUGCGCCUGCUGCAGGGCGGAGCGGGUCCCCCGGGGGCGCGCGCGCUGGCCUGCGUUCAGCUUGGGCUGCAGCUGCUGCCCGACGGGCCGGCGGCGGACGAGGUGUUCGCGCUGCUGCGGCGCGAGGUGCUGCGAACCGUGUGCGAGCGCCCGGGGCCCGCCGCCUGCGCGCAGGUCGCCCGGUUGCUGGCGCGCCACCCGCGCUGCGUACCAGACGGCACGCACCGCUUGCUCUUCUGCCAGCAGCUGGUGCGUUGCCUCGGCCGCUUUCGCUGCCCAGCUGAGGGCGAGGAGGGCGCCGUGGAGUUCCUGGAGCAGGCCCAGCAGGUGAGCGGGCUCCUGGCGCAGCUGUGGCGGGCGCAGCCAGCUGCCAUCCUGCCCUGCCUCAAGGAGCUGUUUGCUGUCAUCUCCUGCACAGAAGAGGAGCCACCGUCCAGCGCCUUGGCUAGUGUGGUCCAGCACCUCCCAUUAGAGCUCAUGGAUGGUGUGGUCCGGAACCUCAGCAAUGAUGACAGUGUGACAGACUCCCAGAUGCUGACGGCCAUUAGCAGGAUGAUUGACUGGGUGUCCUGGCCCCUGGGGAAAAACAUUGACAAGUGGAUCAUCGCCCUGCUGAAGGGCCUGGCUGCCGUUAAGAAGUUCAGCAUCCUCAUCGAGGUUUCGCUCGCCAAAAUUGAGAAGGUCUUCUCCAAACUCCUGUACCCCAUCGUGCGGGGGGCUGCCCUGUCUGUCCUCAGAUACAUGCUCUUGACUUUCCAGCACUCCCAUGAGGCCUUCCACCUGCUUCUCCCUCACAUUCCCCCCAUGGUGGCCUCUCUGGUCAAGGAGGACUCGAACUCUGGGACCAGCUGCCUGGAGCAGCUGGCAGAGCUGGUGCACUGCAUGGUGUUUCGGUUCCCAGGCUUCCCAGACCUGUACGAGCCUGUCAUGGAAGCUAUCAAGGACCUCCACAUUCCCAAUGAGGACCGAAUCAAGCAGCUGCUGGGGCAGGAUGCCUGGACCUCACAGAAGAGUGAACUGGCUGGCUUCUAUCCCCGGCUCAUGGCCAAGUCAGAUACGGGCAAGAUUGGCUUAAUCAACUUGGGCAACACAUGCUACGUGAACAGUGUCCUUCAGGCCUUAUUCAUGGCGUCUGACUUUCGACACUGUGUGCUCCGCCUGACUGAGAACAACUCCCAGCCCUUGAUGACCAAGCUGCAGUGGCUCUUUGCCUUCCUGGAGCACAGUCAGAGGCCUGCCAUCUCUCCUGAGAACUUCCUUUCUGCGUCCUGGACACCCUGGUUCAGCCCUGGCACCCAGCAGGACUGUUCAGAGUAUCUGAAGUACCUGCUGGAUCGGCUUCAUGAAGAGGAGAAAACUGGGACAAGGAUCUGCGAGAAGCUCAAGUGGUCCAGCGGUCGGUCCAGCUUGCUGCCCCCAUCAUCCCCACCAUCAGAGCUUCCGAGCUCCAGUGCAACAUCCGUGGAGAAAAUGUUCGGAGGCAAGAUUGUGACUCGGAUAUGCUGUCUCCAAUGCCUCAAUGUUUCCUCUCGGGAGGAAGCCUUCAUAGACCUCUCGCUGGCCUUCCCUCCUCCCGAGAGAAGUCGCCAUCGCCGCGUGGGCUCGGUGAUGCUCCCCGCGGAGGACGCGCGAGCCCAGGAGCUGGCACUGGCUCCCAGAGCCCCAGGGGCACAGAGGCAGAGGAAGCACUGCAUCACGGGGGACGCUCCCCGCACGGGGCUGGACAUAGAAGGUGUGGGCGCCAUAAGCCGUGGCGAACAGAGUGGGCAGGAAGAGAUGGUGGAGAGGGGCCACGCCGCGAAGGAGGAGGAGGAGGUGGCACAGGAGGAGGAAGGAACAAGGGAAGAGGAGAGUGAAGAUGGGGAACGGAAAGAGAAAGAGAAGGAAGAUGAAAAGGAAAAGGAAGCUGAGAGCAGCAAGGAGAAGGAAGGGGACAACUUGGGACUAGGGACCCACAGGGAUGCUGCAACCCCACCCAGGGAGCAAGCAUGUGGCCCCGAGGGUUCCCGUUCUGUACUGGACUUGGUCAAUUACUUCUUGUCCCCUGAGAGGCUGACAGCUGAGAACCGCUACUACUGUGAGUCCUGCGCCUCCUUGCAGGAUGCAGAAAAGGUGGUGGAGCUGAGCCAGGGUCCACGCUACCUCAUCCUCACGCUACUGCGCUUCUCCUUUGACCUGCGUACCAUGCGGCGGCGCAAGAUCCUGGACGAUGUCACCAUCCCCCUCCUGCUGCGCCUGCCACUGGCUGGGGGUCAGGGCCAGGCCUAUGACCUCUGUAGUGUGGUGGUGCACUCUGGAGUGUCCUCAGAGAGUGGUCACUAUUACUGCUAUGCUCGUGAGGGUGCUGCCCGGCCGGCCCCUGUCCUGGGAUCCACAGACAGGCCUGAGCCCGAGAACCAGUGGUACCUGUUUAAUGACACCCGGGUGUCUUUCUCAUCCUUCGAGUCUGUCAGCAACGUCACAUCCUUUUUCCCUAAGGACACUGCCUAUGUGCUCUUCUACCGCCAGCGGCCCAGGGAGGGGCCUGAGGCCGAGUCUGGCUCUCCCCGAGUCCGAGCAGAGCCUACCCUCCACAAGGACCUGAUGGAGGCCAUUUCCAAAGACAAUGUUCUCUACCUGCAGGAGCAGGAGAAGGAGGCCCGGAGCAGGGCAGCUUAUAUCUCCACACUUCCUGCCCCUCCACACUGGGGCAGGGGCUUUGAUGAAGACAAAGAUGAGGAUGAAGGCUCUCCAGGGGGCUGCAACCCUGCAGGUGGCAAUGGUGACUUCCACAGACUGGUCUUCUAAUGGGAAUUCCCACUUGUGGGGGUGUCACAGCUAAUCUCAAGAGUGGGUCAGGUGGGGCCCAGGGCCC